UUGAAGUGAAAGGAAACUUCGUGAGUUUUCUUAGCCCAAAUAUUUGAUGAUUCCUAUAGUAAGCUGUAAAAGAUUUCCUCAACUGGAAGUUUUCAGUUUUGUCUCUCGCCUUCAAGAUUAGUGAAAGGAGAUAAAAUGAAAUUCAUUAUCUUGGAUAAAAUUAGGAAACAUUAUUCUAUUUGAAUUAAAAAAGGUCGGAUCUUCAUAAAUAAAAUACGUUGGAAAUGGAGUUCCUAAAAAUCAACAAAAAACUACUCCCUGUAAAAGUUCAUUAUUUGCUGCUGAACGGUGCACAUGCUGGAGUUCUUCCUUACCUUCCUGUCUAUGCGAAACAACUGGGAAUAACAGCCAGCGCCGUAGGAAUUAUCUACGCUGUUAUUUGUUUUAUAACAGUACUUUCUAAACCCCUUUUCGGAGGACUGGUUGAUCACUUUCAGAAACUGAAGCCUAUGCUUUUACUGUUAAUCCUUACAGAUGUUAUUGCAGAUUUAGGUUUAAAUUUCAUUCCUCGUCCUCCAGAGAUCAGUAUGAACAUGGCCAAUACUACUCUGUUCUGUUACGGAAAAAGUUCUUAUUUGAUUAAUUAUCGAAGUCAUAAUUGUAGCAUUGAUUUAUGGACUAGAAUAAAUGAAUGUAGUUUAUCUUGUACUUUGUGUAAGCCUGAAAGUGAAUUCUGUUCAGGAAUGAAAAGAAAUCUCAUCAAAGUAGGAAGUAAAAAAGUCUUCAGUGAUUUCUUGUUUAACAACACCACAAAUUCUACAGAAGAACUGUUGACACAGUGUUUACCAGAAAACAGGCCGUGUUCUGAAAACUGUUAUACUGAGCUUCGAAAUUGUGAUUCUAUCAUUGAAAGCAAUUCGCCUUUGCAAUUAUGCAUAUUCAGCAUUUUAGUCGCUACUAUUUAUAUAGCUAAUGGUUCUAUAGUAUCUUUAUCUGAUGCAGCAUGCUAUAAUGCACUCGAUUCACGACCACAUCUCUACGGCAAACAACGUAUGUGGGGCACGAUUGGUUGGGGCCUCAUUGCAGCUUUGACAGGCUAUUUAAAUCAAAUAUUCACUGGAACAUCUAAGCUUUACAAUUAUUCAGCUGGGUUUUAUAUACUCAUCAUUCUUUUUGCUUUGGAUAUGGCAGCUGUUCAUAAGCUGAAUCUCAAAACAGUUCAGACAUCAAAGAAUAUCUGCAAAGAUGUCGGACAAUUGGUUGUGAGACUCAGAAUUGUAGUAUUCAUAAUAAGUUCAUUUCUAUUAGGUGCUGCUACAGGUUUAACAAGAUCGUAUUUGUUUUGGUACCUGCGAACUUUAAAUGCAAAUCAACUCAUUUUAGGGUUAGUAUCUGGUGUCCAGUGCUUCUUGGGAGAAUUACCAUUUUUCUUUUUUUCUGGGUGGAUAAUUAACAAAAUAGGGCACAUGAAUACCUUUCUUAUGUCUUUUAUUGCUUAUGGAUUAAAAUUUCUUAUCCAUUCAUUUUUAAUAAAUCCUUGGUUAGCUCUUCUCAUAGAAGUUUUGCAAGGACUUUGCUUUGGUAGUUUCUAUGCUUCCAUGACUUCCUACGCUAAAGUAAUUGCGCCCAAAGGAACAGAAGCAACGGUGCAGGGUUUAGUGAGCGGAGUCUUUGAAGGCAUAGGUGUUGCGACAGGAAGCUUAUUAGGUGGCUUUGGUUUCAGUAUUUUAGGUGGACGAAAGACAUUCUUUUGGGCAGGAAUAUUUUUCACGUUUUCUGGACUAUUACACUGGGGUGCACAUUUUAUUAUGAACUUAAAAAAUAUAGAUUCAGAUGCACACCCUAUAAACCAUGUUGAAAGUAAACUAGAGGAAGCCUAGCAAAUAAUUUCAUUCUGAUAUCAUACAACCUACGCUUCACAAGCUAUUAGUAUUGAUAUUUCGUCUACAGAUUAGAGCAUUUUUAGAUGUAGUUAUGGACCUUAAUAUAUUUCGCUGUUUGUUCAUACUAAUAUUUUGCUUCACAUAUUAUUGCUUUUACUGAUUAUUAAUUAGUCACGCUUCUUACAAAAGCCUUUAAUCAUAUUUAAAUGUGUAAGGUUUUUUAAGUAUAUUUGUAUAAUAUUCGUUUUUGAUAUUUCUAUUUUAUUUAUUUGACUUUCAAGUAUUUAAAAAUUUAAAUAAAUUAUGUCUAUCUGGAGAAUAUUAUAUAAAGUACAUUUUUUAAUAUCUUUCACACAGAGGUGUAGAACACAAAUAGAAAUAAUUUCGUUUCGCAAAAAUGUAUUUUGGUUUAUAAAAUAUAAUUCUUUUAAAUCGGUAACAAAGAAUUUUUGUUCUUCAUUAAAACAUUUUCGUAUUAAGUUUUGCCAUAUUAUGUAUAAUCUUAUAUUUUGAAAUAUUGGUUAUAAUUUGAAAAGAAGUUUAAUAUUAUUUUUUUUAAUUAGGAACUGAAAUUAAAAUGAAAUUGGGAAUUAUUAAAGUCUGAACGUUGAAGAUUAGGCUAUGGCAAUGGUUAUUAUCUUGAAGAAAUUGACAGAAACUGUCUGUAAUCGAAAAAUUCCUUUCUGAAUUACCGUAUAUGCCAGCGUAUAAGACGGACCGGCUCUAUAAGACGCACCCCUUUUUAUACAUAUUUUGGAAGAAUAAGACUUUAUUACUGAUCAUUAUUAUGAAUUUACAAUAUUUCAAAUAUAAAACAAUACAAAUACAAAGUAAUAUUUUCUGCAAAUACUCAAUCUAUGAGUUGCAUUUUUUAGAUACUCUUCCUGACGCCACCAUAUUUCCAUAUUCUUUAAUAUACGCAAUCAUACGUAGUUUGUAUGCUAUGUUACAGCAAUGCCUACGUUGUCUUUGAGCCAUAAGUAGAAAUUUUACACACUUAAAAGUCGUUCACAAAAAUUGAAAAGUUUAAACGAACCCAACAGUGAUCAUCGAUAACAGCGCAUGCGCAUUCACUGAACUCUACGUAACUUUAAUAUUCCCACACUCUGCAAGCAAACAAGAAAAAAAAUCGUAUAACUCCGACUACAGGAAAUUUCCAGAUAUGUGUGUAACCAAAAACUAAGUAUCGACGUUGAGACGCACCCCGUUUUUCAGACCUAUCUUCAAAGAAAAAAAGUGCUGUCUUAUACACCGGCAAAUACGGUAAAUGGGCAUUUUAUUGUUCUUUUUCUCAAUAAAUGCAUUCUUGAGGAUAGCAGUUAUUUUAGUGGUUUUUCUUCACUAUUGCUGUCUUAAUUAAAUCUUCUUUGAGAUUCAACAGUUAUCCCCAGACUGGUUUAGUUUUGGCCCUUUCUUUUAUCGAUACAGGCUGAAACGAAAGGUCCAAGCCGAGUUCAGACUGACCCUGUUGUACUAAUGCCGUUAUGUGUUCAUUUUUUCAGUUCUGACUGUUUGUGUUCACUACGGAUUUAAAUUUAAAAGACUGAUUAUUUGAAAUUCUUUAAGUGCCAUCUUUACUACAAAUAGUUAUGAAAACCCUCUGUUGAUGCAGUUUUCAUUCGUUUUCUUUCUUUCUUUCUUUCUUUCUUUAUCUAUAUCAAUGAAGUGGAGAAAACUAAUCUCAACUGGAAAAUGAAGUAAAUGCUUAUAUAUGAUUAAAUAUAACCCAUUUUCUUUAUAUUUUGUGUGAAUAAAAUUUCUUUCUGUU